AUACAAUGGCCACUAGAGGGCCAGAAAGGAUGCGGAGAAAGUAGAAUGCAAAGUGGGACGGCAGCCAAUCACGAACGACUUUACUGUGGGUGGGGGGGCUAAGAGGCAAAUGUAUCCUAGCACCGCAUGAAGCGACCAUCUCCCAACUAUUUACCAGCUGGUAACAGUGAGGCACCAGUUGUUCCACACCGAGAAGGGAACCACAAAUACGAGGCAAGAAGACGCCCCUCCUCUCAUUAAAAACUAGCAGUCAUCCUCGCUCCAGGCGUCCGAUCAGAGUUUGCCCCAACCCCUCCCUCUCUUCGCCUCAGGUGAACCAGUUGGUGAAGAGAGACAAGGGCAGUUGCUGCCUCUCUGCACUUGGGUCUGAUUCCUGCCAUGGCAUCUUCUGUGAUUGGCCGCCAACUUGCACUAUCCCUCCACAAGAAUCGGUGCUUCAGUGUUACAGGAUGCCGAUAUGCAAGUAAAGCGGCGCCAAAAGCCCAGGUGGAGUUAGAUUACAAUGGACCUUCCAUGAAAACUGAAGUCCCUGGGCCACGCUCACAGGAGCUAACAAAACAGCUGGGGGAAAUCCAGAAUGUUGGUGCUGUCAACUUCUUCUGUAACUAUGAGGAGAGCAGAGGAAACUACCUGGUGGAUGUGGAUGGCAAUCGCAUGCUUGACAUCUACACUCAGAUCUCCUCCAUUCCAAUUGGAUACAACCACCCUGCUCUCAUCAAACUAAUGUCCAAUCCCAACAAUCUGAGUACAUUUGUCAACCGACCUGCUCUCGGAAUCUUGCCACCUGAGAAUUUCCCAGACAAACUUACAGAAAGUCUUCUCUCGGUGGCUCCAAGUGGAAUGAGUCGUGUCCAGACGAUGGCUUGCGGAUCAUGCUCCAAUGAGAAUGCUUACAAGGCCAUGUUUAUCUGGUACAGGAAUAAAGAACGAGGCCACAACUCACCGUCCGAUGAGGACCUCAGCUCUUGCAUGAUCAACCAGGGCCCAGGUUGUCCAGACUUCAGUAUUUUGUCUUUCAUGGGAGGCUUCCAUGGCAGAACUUUGGGUUGUUUGGCAACAACACACUCCAAAGCAAUCCAUAAACUGGAUGUGCCCUCGUUUGAUUGGCCCAUCGCCCCAUUCCCAAGACUGCAGUACCCGUUGGAAGAGUUCACCAGAGAGAAUGCACAGGAAGAGGCUCGCUGUUUGGAAGAGGUGGAGGACCUGAUUGUGAAGUGGAGACAGAAGGGAAAGCCUGUCGCUGGGAUUGUGAUUGAACCCAUCCAAGCUGAAGGAGGAGAUAAUCACGCCUCCGUGGAUUUCUUCAAGAGUCUACGCAACAUUGCACGCAAGCAUGGCUGUGCUUUCCAUGUGGAUGAAGUCCAAACUGGAGGAGGGUGCACCGGAAAGUUCUGGGCCCAUGAGCACUGGGGCAUGGACGACCCCGCUGACAUUGUGUCCUUCAGUAAGAAACUUCUGACUGGCGGCUACUACCACAAACUGGAAUUACAAGCUGAUAAGGCCUACCGCAUCUUUAACACAUGGAUGGGUGACCCAUCAAAGAACUUGUUCCUGGCUGAGGUCCUCAAUGUGAUUCGCAGAGAAAACCUCCUGGAGGAGGUGACUCGUUCAGGAAAGGCCUUGCUAAAUGGGCUGUAUGAGUUGCAGGCUCAGUACCCUGGCAUCCUGAGCCGAGCUCGAGGACAGGGAACCUUCUGUGCUAUUGAUAUCUGUGAUGAUGCAACACGCAACGACAUUCUUCUCAAGGCACGAAACAAGGGUGUCCUCCUGGGAGGGUGUGGGGACCGGUCAAUCCGGUUCCGUCCCGCGCUGGUCUUCAAGGAGUACCAUGUGCACAUGUUCCUCAACAUCUUCAACGACGUGUUGGCCCCGUUCAAAUAAAGGUCGAAACGACGUACGUUCCAUGACACAACCCAAAAUCCAGGGAGGAAAACACCCAAACGGCCCCUACAGACUAAGCACAAAAACACAGCGAUAUAAGCAAGCAGGAAGCAAGAUUAAUUGAAUUUAUCCACGAUGCUGAUAACAAUGUACGUAAUGUGAUGUCGUAAAGCUGUACCAUCAAUUCAUUCAUGAUUACACACUCUACCAGGGCAGUGGUGUCAGGACACUUUCUUCACCUUUUUCCGUGUUCUUCUUAAAACUAACAUCAGCAAAAUGUUCUCUGACUUUUGUCAUACUUCCUAGACGUCGUACACCAGCUUUAACAAACACAAACCAGACAUUGUGUCGAGUAGAACCAGUCUAUUCUGAUCGAUAACGUCAAUGAAUGUGAUGGAAUCGGAUAUUAUUUGGCAUGAGUAUGCAGUGAACGCAACAAAUGAGUUAUGUUGUUAUACCAGGGGGUGUCCAAAGUGCGAGCCGCAAAUAGUGUUGGGCAUAACCGUGCAUUGUUUUCCAGUAAAUGACUAUUUCAAACUUUUCAGUCGCCGUAGUGAAUUUCUACACAGAGAGCUAAAUGGCUAGUCGAGAGGCGCAGGAAAAUACUGCAUUUUGAUGAUGACAAUGACAAAUGAACAAGCCUUUAUUGUUAUCACUUAUACAGAAGUACAAGGAAAAUAGUGCAAUCAUCCGUCCAUACAUCUACAACAUAUUAUGAAGUGAGACAAGGGGUGACAGGACGGGAUUGAUUGGGCGAUGAAGGGGGGGGAAGCGAAGGAAGGAGCACAGUACUGUUAAAAAAAACUUGGCAUACAAGUAAAACACAUUGUUUACACGCAUAGACACAAGACCAGCACCACAAAGGGGAAAGGCUUCCCAAUGCGUCCGGCAGGCAGCCACAGCUACCUGCAGCCAAUUACGGCACAAACUGUGGUCCUCUCAUUAAUAAUGAAUUACAAGUGUUUUUACUAUACGCCGAUGGCCAAUGGCCCCCAGGCCACACUUUGGACACCCCUGCCCUACGCUGAUCAUCUGUCCAUCAUCGUAAGUCAUUGAAUUUAGCCUGAGAGUCAAAACGGUCAUUGUAUCUUUGCUAUAAGAGUGUUGGUGAUGCAUUCAAUGCCAACCUGCAUGUCCAUUUAAAAUGUCCUUGUAAUUAUUCUGCCUUGCUCUUCAUAGGACUGACCUCUCAGCUUGCAACUUUGUAGCUCAGACCAACACUAACCUUAAAUUGACCAUGAAAAUGUCAGCAUAUUUAGUGCCUGCAUGAUUCUUGUAUGCAUUAUUUAUUUUUAUUCUUUUUCUACUCAUACAAUUUAUUGCGACCCUACUUUUAAGUGCUUUCACAUACUCUACAAUUAAUUUGUUUCCACAAAUGGAACAUAGAUAGCAUUUGGCUUGCAAUUAAUUUUGUCUUAAACACCCCACCCCCACCCCCAAGGAUUUCUAAUAGCUUGUUUU